GCCCAUUCGAGGGAGAGCGAGACGGCUGAGUAAGAGGCUACGACGAUCUCCGGAUUCCUCAGAAAUGGUUACCUUCAGAUUUCAUCAGUACCAGGUUGUUGGGAGGGCUCUGCCAUCUGAAGCAGAUGAGCAUCCAAAGAUUUACAGGAUGAAGCUCUGGGCCACGAAUGAGGUUCGUGCCAAGUCCAAGUUCUGGUAUUUCCUGAGAAAGCUGAAGAAGGUUAAGAAAAGCAAUGGCCAAGUGCUUGCUAUCAAUGAGAUUUUUGAGAAGAACCCAACCAAGAUAAAGAACUAUGGCAUCUGGCUGCGUUAUCAAAGUCGUACUGGUUACCAUAACAUGUACAAGGAAUACCGAGACACCACUCUAAAUGGUGCCGUGGAACAGAUGUACAACGAGAUGGCUUCUCGUCACAGGGUCAGGUUUCCUUGCAUCCAGAUUAUCAAGACUGCUACCAUUCCAGCCAAGCUAUGCAAGAGGGAGAGCACCAAGCAGUUCCAUGACUCCAAAAUCAAGUUCCCUUUGGUGUUCAAGAAGGUUAGGCCACCAACCAGAAAACUCAAGACAACCUACAAGGCAUCAAGGCCCAAUUUGUUUAUGUAACUUCUCAGCAGAUGGAAGAGGUAAUUGUGAUUCUGAUUCUGAGAUUUUGGAGAGAACUUAUAUCAGUCGAUGAUCGAAAUUUGUUUUUGUUUGAGAAUUCUAGGUUAUCACUUGUCAGACAGGUUGUAUUUCUGCCUUUCAAAUUGUUCUGUUUACCCUUAAUGGUGGCAUGUUUGCUAUUAUCUUUUCUCCUUUAUCAUGAAAAAUCCUUGUUAUGAGAUUAAAUUUCUAGUCAUUUGAUAAAAUUUCUGAAGAUUA